AGGUAAUGAGUAUAUUUCGGGUGGUUUUUGUUCGAAAAAUAAAUACGGAUCAACGAAGUGUCUUAUAUAACUAUAUAUCGUGUACUCGAUUAGUCUUUGUUCUAAAAAAUGAGCGCGAUACGCUGUAACAGUUUAUGGUUAUUUUCGGUUGACCUUAGGAUGUGGUGACGUCACUACCGACCGUUCUGGAAAUAAACGCCAUAGAACAAUAAUGGCGGGUACGUAGGUCCCUUCGUAAUCUCUACGCUAAGUACAAUUGCACAUAUUGCCAGGAGGACAUCGCUGGGUUACGCGUUAAAUGCGUGGAAUGUGCCGACUUUGAUCUGUGCCUACAGUGUUUUUCUGCUGGCGCUGAAAUAGGACAGCACAAAAAUGACCACUCAUAUCAAUUUAUGGAUUCUGGGACAAUAAGCAUAUUUAGUGGAAGAGGCAGUUGGACAGCGAGAGAGCAACUCAGACUUCUUGAUGCGAUUGAACAGUUCGGUUUUGGAAAUUGGGAGGAUAUAAGUAAACACAUUGAAACAAGAACACCUGAUGAGGCUAAAGAAGAAUACAUCGCGAGAUAUCUUGAUGGAAAUAUUGGUAAACAGACAUGGCCUUCGACUGAAAGUUAUAAACCAAACCUGACGGACCAAACUAGCUCCGAUUAUGGACCCUUAUCGCCAGACUUGACCUCACGACUACCACCGCUAGAUGUCACCCCAGAAGAAGCAGCUCAGCUCGGCUACAUGCCACAGCGAGAUGAUUUUGAAAGGGAUUAUAACCACGAAGCAGAGUCUCUGGUUUCUUCGUUGUUUCUUAAUCCAGCUGAAGACGAUGACCUUGACAUUGCGCUGAAGCUGGCUCAAGUUGAUAUGUACACAAAUAAUUUACGUGAACGAGCAAGAAGAAAACGUGUCGUUAGAGAUUAUCAGCUUGUCUCUUCGUUCUUUGCUUCGACAAGAAAAGAUAGAGCGAUCAAGAAAAAGCAGAGCAAAGAAGACAGAGAAUUUCGUGAUAGAAUGCGAACGUUCGCCCAGUUCUACACAGCACAGGAACACGAACAAUUCUUGACCAAUUUGGAACGGGAACGAGAGCUCCGACUACGGCUAACCGAGCUUAGUCGUUACAGAGAGAACGGUAUCACCAGACACGAAGAAUGUGCCCAUUUUGAACAAGUCAUGGCACAGACUCAAGGUCAAACAGAAACGACGGACCAUUGGACUGAAAAGAAAUCUGGCAGCAGUGGGCCGUCCACACCAACACACCGCCAAAUGUUAAAAAAAAGAGAAGAAGAAAAAAGUUGCGGUUUAAUCGACCUAAAAUGCACGUCAAAGGCAGACUCAGCCAGCAACAACUACAUAAUCAAUCAAGCCAGUCCCAAUCGGACGACGAUUCCAGUCAAUCUGUUGGCGGUGCAAGAUAGCCAUACCAAUUCCACCCAUCCCACAAUCGCUUUCUCAAAAACUACUUUGGAGAGAGGCAACAACUCUACUGUUACAGCCAUCAAAGUCUCUCCAAUGGGAUUUACAGUGUCCGAUGCAAGGGACGUAGAGAUGGAAGCAGCAGCUCAACUUCUCACCAAACAAGAGAAGACCUUGUGUCUCCAGCUGGAUAUGAAACCAACGCAGUAUCUUACCCAAAAGACCUUGUUGUUGCAAGAGUAUCUGAAUGGCAAUAGGAGAUCAGGCGUUGCACCUCAGUCUGAGCCGGAGAGCAAGAUCCUUCACUACCUCGUAUCCAAUGGCUGGAUUGCUGCAAACUGACCAACGCAGAACCAAUUCAGUUUAUAGGCGAUGCCUCAUCUCUAAGUCACUUUAGGUCCAUUGCAAGCUAAGUCUUAGGAAUAAUUAAUUUUACUGUAAGUUAUUAUUUGAAUAUUAAUUGAACAGGUGGAAAGAAUUUUACCCUUUUUCAUCAUCCUGCCAAAUCUGUCGCAUUGUUCAAGUUUUCAUAGAUUUAUCUAGCAACCAAGUUCCCUGUCAUGGCUGUAAAGAAAGUUGAACCGUUUACUAGCGGUAAAUUAAUGUAUCAACUAAUUGCUGACAAACUUGACAUUCAACUAGAGAUCUAGUUUUAACUUGCUAUCUCGCGUUGCGUUAAUCUCAUUGUCAAGUAUUGGCAAGAGAUUUAACUAAUCUUUAGGUACCAUUCCGCGACAUUUAUAAUUGUUAAAUUUAAGAAACGUACACAUUGUGUUCACCAAUUACUGUGAUCUUUAUAUUUAUUUCGAGAAGGACUUAUUAGAUCGAUUAAAUUUAUUACUACUCAAUAUUCAAUGCUCCAUUACUAAGAUACUGUCAUCGGUUGUUAUCAAACUGCUCUGGCGACGUCUGUUUGCUUAUAUGUGUCUAAUAAUUUGAGAUCAUGCUUUGUUUUUGAUAAAAUUGAAAAUUUUUGUCUUAGAUUUUUAAAGAGCAAUACCUGAUAUUAUUUCAUCUUAUAAUUAAUGUAAUAUUGUAAGUAGAUGUAUGUAUGUAGGCCGAUAUUUUACAUUAUUAUACGUAUAGCUGUCCUCUUACGCUGAACGCGGUCGACGACUUAUUUUUAGAGAAUUGAAUACCUAAGCUCCGCAUUCUAUUACCCUGAAAUUUUUGCUCAAUUCUAUUGUUUGACAAGUUAUGUUUUCACCUUGUUCAUCAAUGCAAUUUUGAAAUUUAUAAUCUUCGGUGUCUUUCUACCUGUUCAAAAUAGGGUGUAUAAAUAAAAUGUUUUCAUUUGCAAUAACGAAAUUAAACUAUGUAUCGCGAAACAGUUAGGAGUGGGAUUUCAUUGUGAAUAUUAAUAUUGUAUUGCAUACUAUUAACAUGUAGCCAAUGCAAGGAAAAAAAUGUUCUCAAUCUUAGUUAAUUUAAAUUGUCGAAAUUUUUUUUCCCCUCGCUAUUGAGAAAUGUGUAAACUUAUAGAUACAAAACCAAAGCUCUGAUGGCCAAGAAAAGUGUCUUGGAGUGAACAUGCCACUGGUGCCUGAUGGUGUUCCUCCACCACGAAAUUGCUGAAUAUUUGAAUUACAGUUAUAUUAUACCGUAUGUAUAGAUGCUUGAAUCGUAAAGAAAUUUGAGUUAGUUAGUUGUAUUGAGUAACCACGUCGUAAGAGUAUUAAAAAUCGCUAAUUUUCUGAAACUAUAAAUCAUGAAUUUCUUCAUUUUUUUUCACAUUUAUUCAUGGAAAAUGGAGUUUCAAACUAAUCGAAUAUUCACCUAAAUUCCCACUUACCAAAUAUCCUAAAUGACCACCCAUGUCAAUCAACUCGUAUAAGAUGAACUAUAGCUAUGAGAAUGGAAAGUUUCAGUACCACAAGUGAACUGGAGUUAGAUUUUAAUUGGAACUUUUUUUUACCAAUUUACUAAUUGGUAAUGAAUGCUAUACCUAUCCCGAAUAGUUCAGCCCUUGUACACAGGUAGGUAUUCAAACGUAACUGAUUGGUAGUGGAAAAGCUAAUAAAAGUAUUUGAAACAUCGUUUUAUUGUUACAAAAUAAUUAUUACAUGAGGUGCAAUAUUAAAACAAUUGGUAAUAAAAAUAGUAAUAAUGAGACCACAUAGCUUGCAGAUUAAUUAACGGAAUAAUUCUCAUCUAAAGUAGUAGCAAUUCUUAUACAAUUAAUCAGCAGGCGAUCCAUGAUAGGUAGUUCAGAUGGUAAAUCUUGGUCAAUUGUCUCAACUAUCAAUAUGACCACUCAAAUUGUAUUUAAAAUCUUAGAAAGAAUAGCUGGAAAUAGUAUGUACGAAACAAGUUAUAACUAAUUAAAGAAAUUAAAAUGUUCAAUGGUGGAAA